CUCACCGGUUCAAAUGUUUGACCCUCUCUCAUUCACUGCUUCGUCAAAUUUGUGCCGCUCCAAAUCCAUUUCCAUUCCGUAUUUGAUUGAGUCCGCUUGUCUAUGCAUGUCAUAUCCUCAUCAUAAUCCAAUAGGAUCCGGAUUUGAAGUGCACCAGACAUCUUCAUCGGUCCUGAGCGUCACACCAUCAGAACGUGCUCGCCCCAUUCGUUGCCUGUCGUGUGUCGCAUCGCGCCCUUUCUCAUGAUGCAUCUCUCACAUCUAUCGUCCUUCUCGCGUCAGAACCUGUUGCUCGAAUUCGCAAGCCUCAAGCACGCUCGUCCUGAUGGGGUCUAUCUCUCGCUAUCCCCUGGGGACGUUGCCCUAUGGUCUGGUGUUAUGUUCGUUCGAAAAGGUAAUCUCUCUCCACGGGCUGAAUUGGGCCGAGUAAUGGGAAUACAGCCUCUGAUUGGCAUCUCUUUCGAUUCAGGACCGUAUGCACCUGCCCUUCUCCGGUUCCAAAUAUCAUUUCCUCCCGACUUCCCCCGCUCGGCUCCGCUGUUGACCUUCUCUACGGAUGUAUUCCACCCACUGCUAACCCCCUUGACCACCUACACCUACUCGGCAAGGGAUACAGACACGGUAAGCUCGGGGGAUACGGAGAGGCUCCCUCCCGGGGGGUUCAGUCUCCGUUACGGAUUUCCGCAAUGGUAUGACCGUACAGGGUCGGCAGAAGCAGGACCUGUCACCGUGUACGAGCUGUUGCGAUAUGUCCAGUCUGCAUUCACGGACGAAAGUGUAUUAGACUCGUUGCCACUUGAUUGUGUAGCUAAUCCCAGUGCAUACCAUGCAUGGCGAACUCACCAUGCCCAACAAGAACAUCAAGAUGGGGGUAUGGAAAAAUAUACCCAAACUGGAGCAGUCUCUCUUCAUGGAUCUCCGCAGAGUAAAGAAAUGGGAAAUGCCGAAGUUACGAGGGUAAGAAGGCCUGGCGAGUGGAAUUGGGAAGGAGUGUGGGAAGAAAGGGUCAGGAAGGGGAUUCAGACCAGCGUAUCUGACGUUGCCCUUUUCGGCGGCGCCUCUGGUCAAGAUGACAUUAUCCGAUUUAGCGAAGUGGAUGUAGAAACGGCAGCGAAAUUGUCGGAGGAUAUUCAACGACUCUUGGACUUCACCAAGGCGGGAAUGGCGAUUCAGACGGAGUAAUUCCACUGAAGUGUUAAACACCAUGAAGUCUGAGGCACUAGUAGUUGGUGCUUGCCUUCAUCCAUCGAUGGAGACCAACAACACUGGAUAUUUCCACCUGCACCUGAAACACGAACGUUGCUUGCUAAACACAAUGAUGGACGUCAUCCUCUGUGUCGUGCUAAAGCUUUUGAU